AUGCCCAAAGGAUUCUUGGUCAAAAGAAACAAGAAGUGUGCACAUGUUUCGUACAGGACUCGGCCGGACGAGGACGACCUCCAGGAGCCACCCCACCUCAGUCAAGCUGCCUUCCCGAGCCAGAUCCAGUCAUGCCUGCCCGCGAUGUGCGCGGCGUCCAGCCCGGGCCGCCCGGCGGCAUCCCCGGAUCUCGCGCCGGUGCCAAAAACGGAGAAGCCGGCUCAGUUCGGCAACCCCGAGACGGCGUGCCAAGCCCUAUACAGCCCGACCCGGCCUAUCAGCAAAGAGCACGACAGGGCGUAUUUCGAACGCAGUUUCAAUCUGGGCUCGCCCGUUUCUGCUGAGUCAUUCCCGACACCUGCCUCUCUCUCCGGCCUGGACCACCUCCUGUACGUGCCGGUCGACUUGAAGAUCGGCACCAGCAACAGCAGCCGAAGCGGUACGGUCAGCAUCAGCACCACCACCAGCAGCAGCAGCAGCAGUAGCAGUAGCGGCGGCGGCAAUGGCAACAACAGCGCCAACAGCGCAGUUCCGGCGCCGAGCAACCGGGUCGCCGGCACUAAGAGACCCGCAGCCGACAGCACGGAGCGCAAAUCCAAAGCCGCUCCCAAGAAACCCAAAGCCAUCCGAAAGCUCAACUUCGAAGACGAGAUGACCACCUCCCCCGUGCUGGGCCUGAAAAUCAAAGAGGGUCCGGUGGAGGCGAAGCCCAGGGCGCACGCGUCAGGAGCCAACAAGCCUCUGGGUGAGUUUGUGUGUCAGCUGUGCAAGGAAGCCUACGCCGACCCCUUCUCCUUGGCACAACACAAAUGCUCCCGCAUCGUCCGAGUCGAGUACCGGUGUCCGGAGUGCGAUAAAAUGUUCAGCUGCCCCGCGAACCUCGCCUCGCACCGCCGCUGGCACAAGCCCCGAAGCAACGGCGUCCCCGCGGUAGCGCCCCCCUCCACUAAACCCGAAAUGGCCAAAAUGACACCCGCGGGUGUCAAAUCAGCCUCCGAUGAAGCCAAAGACGCGAGCGACAGAGACAGCCCGAGUCCGAGUCUAUCCGAGUCCGGUUCCGAAGACGGCUCGUACGACUGCCACUUCUGCGGGAAGAGGUUCAAGCGGCAAGCAUACCUAAGAAAACACAUCAUGGGACACCAGGUGCUGCAGAAGAAAGUUGUGGAGGAGAAUGGGUUCCCGGCGGAGCAGGUGCCGCUACCUUCCUCCUCCUCCCCUCCAGAGGACGCCUCGAACCAAAGCCCCCUCAAUCUGAGCCCCGCGGACCGCCUGCUGUGUCCCGUGUGCGGAGAGAGCUUCACCAGCAGGGCGGCCCAGGAGCGACACCUGCGCCUCAUGCACUCGUCCCAAACGUACCCGUGCAAGUACUGCCCCGCCACCCUGUACAGCUCUCCGGGACUGACCAGGCACAUCAACAAGUGCCACCCCUCGGAGAACCGCCAGGUGAUCCUUCUCCAAAUGCCCGUGCGGCCCGCCUGCUGA